AUGGCGUACGUGGAAAAACAUCUCCACGUCACGAUGGAUUUUCAUCCUGCUAACACCCCAAGAGGCAUGACUUGCCACAAAGUGGCAGAUCUGGACCCUAUUCAGCAAAUCUCGCUGAAUCAGCACAAGUUGCAAAUCGUCAGAGAAAAUCAUAAAUAUCUGAACAGUCAUCGUGAAGUUAGUGUUGCAAUCAAACUUGUUAUGGAUGAGAUACUCAAAACAAGACCUUUGAGUAACAUUCCAGUGUUCAUAUCAACGUUUUUCAAGAAAAAUCAUCAAGAAAUUGCAACAAAAAUGCAGGCAGCUGUGGAGAAGCGUAAAGAACAAGAGGAGAAUCAAAGGGUCAAAGAAGAGUUGGAAACACAAACAGGUGUAAAAAUUCACUCAGAACACAGCAUAUUAGGAGAAAUGAAAGAUUUGGAUCAAAUAACUUUGGAUUAUCUUGCCUAUCAAGAUGUUUUAGACGAAGCAGGGGAAUCUGAACAAGCCGAAGAUGACGCAGUGUUCGUUUGCUACGAAAUCGUUCAGGAUAUAGUGAAUGCUGUGGUGAAUCAGGAGAUAAUUUCCAAUGAGGAAUUGCCGUACACCGAGUCUGAUCCUAUGGUGUACUUCCCUCAUUCUGUGAACAACCUUACGCAUUCUUCCAUAGAUCAAGGAUCUAAUUUAGAUAAAAUUUAG